AUGAAUAUUUUGCAAACAAAAAUGGUAGUCAUGUCUGUGGCAUGUAAUUUAGGAGUGCUCUUGUUAUCACUUCUCCUGUUCUGUUGUACCUCUGCUUGCCCUCAUACUGAUGAUCACGUCUCCUACAUGCACGACAUUACAACUUGCAAUGGAUCAGACGCUGUGAUAUCUUUCAACAUUACUGGAGUAGCCAACUGUAGCAACAUACAUGCAGAUUAUUUCGUUUAUAUAUAUUAUCAUUUUCCAGCUCCAACAACACACGAAAAACUACCUGACCCUAUCUUUCAUAAUGAAACUGGCCUAUGUCAAGUUUUUUUGACACUGUACAAUGUCACAUAUGAAGACUUCGUGGACGCCAUACUGCAAGUCCGAAUUCUGACACCACCGCUAAACAAUCCACAUUUCAAUUGCUCAAAUAAUUUUUCUCUUAUUUUCAUUACAGACCCUCCCAGUCCUGUCAGCACAUUAGAUUCACACAUCAAUUGUAGUGGUGUUUUCAUAUCAUGGCCGAAGCCAUAUGCCUCAACUAGCUGCCCCGUUUUACACUACAUCAUAAUAUUAAAUAAACAAACUGAUGUAAUCACUCCUUACUCAUUUUUUAAAUAUUCAUGGUCAGAACUUUCCCACAAUACACUCUAUACUGUCAGUAUUGUUGCAGUAACCGGUGCUGGUUACAGUAUAGAGUCUAAUAGUACAGAGUUCAUCACUGCUUUAGCUCCUAAGGUUAUUAUGAUUGAUCAUGAUGUUCCAUUGUUGGCAGAAGAUGCAGCUGUUUUUGUAAAAGCAAAAGUAAGUUGUAUACAUAAGUACAUGUACCAUAGUUACUGUAAGAUCAAAGGGACCGCCAGGUGGUACAUUGGCCAUGUACACCUAACCGCUGCCAGUUAACGAUAUUCACUGCAAGAUAAUGAGAUUCAUUGGAGUAUGUACAUCUGUAAUGAGAUUCAUUGGGUGAGUUUAUCUGUAAUGAGAUG